AUGGCCAAAACUUUCUGCAAUGGUCUCAAUCAGUAUUCAUGUUUGUGUACGGCAGAGGCAAAGAUGGACACCUUACUGGAUAUUGUCACCAUUAACAAGAAGGAGAAGGGUCUAACAUGCCACCAAUGCCAGCAAUAUUAUGAAGUAAAUAUUGUUAUUUGCUCGAACUGCAAAACCGUACGAUAUUGCUUUAGCUGCCUUGCUAACUGGUAUCCCAGGCAAACAAGGGAAGAUCUUCAGCAUAUCUGUCCAGUUUGUCGUGGUACCUGUAAUUGUAAACAAUGUCUCCGCGAGCAUAUUCUCUUGCCGAUUAACAGGAAGGAAGCAAAUGACAGAGUUAAGCUAAAGUGGCUACUCUGCUUGUUGAAUAAUCUCUUGCCUCUUCUCAGACAAAUCCAUGAGGAGCAUAACCUAGAGUUAGAUAUGGAAGCCAAAAUACAAGGUGAAAAAUUAAAUAUUACGGAUGUAGAAAGGAUUAAACUUGACAAAGAGGAGCGAAUAUAUUGUGACAAUUGUUGCACAUCCAUUGUUGACUUGCAUAGAAGCUGUUUUCAUUGUCGCUAUGAUCUCUGCCUGACAUGCUGUCAAGAAUUACGCGAAGGUCGUCAGCCCGGUGGUAUUGAAGCAGAUGGAAUUGACUUAUAUUACAUGAACAAAGGUCAAUGUCAUGAUGCGAAUUUCAAAGGAAUAAAACCUCUACCACAGAAAUGGUCUGGAUGGGAGAGGCAGGAUUUACCUGCAAGAAAAAAACUCAUUAUCACUUCACCUGACCAAUGUCCUAAGUGGAGGGCUAAUGAUGAUGGUAGCAUUCCAUGCCCACCAAAAGAAUAUGGUGGCUGUGGUGAUGGUACCCUUAAGCUGAAGCGCAACCUUAAAGCUAAUUGGUUAGCUAAACUUCUCAAGGAAGCUGAUGAAUUAACUGCUAGCAGUCAAUUCUUAUGCGGUGAUAUGUCUCCAGGUUGUUCCAUAUGCUUCCCAAAUUGUUCGUCUGCAGCAGAUAAACUAAACAACUCUGGUACGCGUCAAGCUGCAGUUCGGGCAAACAGCAAUGAUAACUUUUUGUAUUGUCCAAAUGCAAGUGAUUUAGAAGAUGAUGAUAUGGAACACUUUCAAAAGCACUGGGUUAGGGGUGAGCCUAUAGUAGUUAGAGGUGUGCUUAAGAAAGCAACUGGACUUAGUUGGGACCCGAUGGUCAUCUGGAGGACUAUUAGCAAAAGAAUGAUGCAGAAGUUUAAAGACAAGGGAAGCACAGUGAAAGCUAUUGACUGCUUCGAUUGGUGUGAGGUUGAGAUUAAUAUACGCCAGUUCUUCACAGGUUACAUGGAAGGUCGCAUGCAUGGAAAUGGUUGGCCUGAAAUGCUUAAGCUGGAGGAUUGGCCUUCAUCUAGUUUAUUUGAAGAAUUUUUACCCAGGCACGCUGCUAAAUUUUUUGCUACAGUUCCAUUUCAGCAAUAUACAGAUCCAAAAUUCGGUGUUUUGAAUCUUGCUACAAGGAUCCCUGAUUAUCGGCCCAAACCGGAUUUAGGACCCAAAACAAACAUUGCUUACGGAUUUGAAGAAGAACUUGGCAGGGGUGAUUCAGUGACCAAACUCCAUUGUGAUAAAUCUGAUGCAGUAAAUAUUAUGACACACACAACAGAGUUAAGAAUAUUUGAUUGGCAGUAUGAGAAGAUAAAACAGUUGAAGAAAAGGUAUAGAGAUGAGGACUUGCAAGAACUAUAUACAGAUGUUUGUAAAACCACACCUAAGAAUGUACCAAAUAAACAUCCUGGAACUUUGGGCUCUCCAUUUAAAGUGACUGAGGGUUCAUCACCAGCCAUGCCUAAACCUCUUGAGGGCAUGGAGCAGAGUUUGACAUUUGAUGAGAUGCUUACGGGGAAUCCACUCGAUGUGCCGGAGCCUAAUUCAGAGGAAUCCAUAAAGGGUCUCCAGAUGAGCAAAAAGCUAAGGAUGCUUGAUAAUGAAACGCUUAAUCUUAUAGUACCUAUUCCUGCACCCUGCGAUGGACAUAUGGCUGCAGAGAUCAAUAUUGUUGGAAAGGUUGAGGAGUUUGGAGUCAAUGGUGCAUCUGAGGAUAUCUCUAGUUCAUUUGAAGGAAAAAUAACAGACAAUGGUGAGUCGGUAAAAUUAGAUGCAAAAGAUGAUUCAAAAGCGGAGAGCAGUUUAGAAGGCAAUCAUGGAGGUGCUGUUUGGGACAUAUUCCGCAGGCAAGAUGUCCCACAGUUAAUUAAGUACCUUCAAAAACACUGGAAGGAAUUUCGACAUAUCAGUAAUCGUCCUGUUGAUUCGGUUGUUCAUCCUAUUCACGAUCAGACAUUUUACCUAAAUGAGUAUCACAAGAAGCGGCUUAAAGAAGAGCUCAAUGUGGAACCUUGGACAUUUGAGCAGCAUCUUGGAGAGGCGGUCUUCAUUCCAGCUGGGUGCCCAUAUCAAUUGAGAAAUAAAAAGUCUUGCAUCAAAAUGGCCCUUGACUUUGUUUCGCCGGAAAACGUUGGUGAAUGUGUUCGGUUGACUGAAGAGUUCCGUUUGCUUCCACGAACCCAUAGGGCAAAGGAGGAUAAACUAGAGGUGAGGAAAAUGGCUCUUUUUGCUGCAAACGCAGCUCUUAGGGAGGCAACUGAAUUGACCCUAAAACUUAGCGAAGAAUUUUUAAACUGCAAAGAUGGAGCACUACAAGUGGGGAAUGAUUUAAAGCUAUGGUUGACUAUCAAUUUCCAAAGCGAUCGACGUGAUGAUUUGGAUGGAACAAGAAAAGAAGAAAGCAGAAAAUACUAUUGCAGGAAAUUAAAACAAAAGACAUCCUUCCACGGAGGAAAAACAAUGCUCUACUCCUAAAUUUGCUUUGCAGCUAACUUGAUUUUAUAGAAUACAAUUAACUCCUUAAAUAGAGAUUAACUCAAUCAGAAUAGCAUAUAGUUGAGAGUUAUUAUAAGAAUGUAACCUGCUAUCCAAAUAGAAUUCUCUUGUAGAGUUUCUAUUUUAAAUACUCUUCAAAUA